GUCCCCACGACUCGGAAGCAAUCGUGAGGCCACCGCAGGGAAUUAUGUGCCUUAUCAUAAGUCACUUCAGCAACCCUUUUCAAAUUCUCUAUUCCAUCGCAGUGUCAUGUCGCAAGGAGGGGCUGCUGCCGCUGGUCUCCGCUGGAACAACAAUGUAUCUGUAGCAGCUAUUGCCCUGAUAUCGUAUGAGUACCUUCUUCUGUUCGGCAAGGAGAUUGAGUACGUUUGGAAAAGACCAUGGUCGUUUAUGUCAUGCCUAUACCUUGUUGUUCGAUAUUUCGGGCUUUUCCUUGCAAUUGUGUGCGCCUGCUGGGGAGGUCUGUUGUAUAUGCCUGAAUCAGUAAGCUACGAUCUUAUCGUUCUGAUUGAAUGGGGGUUUUCAGUGUAUUUUUGCUUUGCGGAAAUCAUUCUUAUUUGGCGUCUUUAUGCCAUAAGCAACCAAUCCAAGCUCGUACUUCAUGUUCUAGUGGGAUUAUUCGUGCCUAUCGUUGCCCUGUCGAUAGGGACAGACAUCUUCUUGUAUAGUCGACGCGAUGUGUUCUCUGUGAAAGAGGUAAUAACUCCGGACGCCACUUACUGCACCCUUUCCUUCCACAUAGGUCCUAUGCUUGCGAUUUAUACUUCUAUCCCCAUCAUGUGCUUUGAUAUAUUACUCGUUAUCCUCGCGGUCAUCACCCUCGUGAAACAUUUUAUGGAACAGAGGAGGAUCAAAAUGAGGCCUAAUACCUACAUGGUAAUGAUUGUCCGCUAUCAUAUCUUGUACUUUGCCCUGUGCCUGACAAACCAAAUCUUAUUGGUGAUAUUAUGGGCUAAUAUUCCGACUCCAGCAAUGAGUCUGGCGGAGCUCUUCAACGGUACGGCGCCCUUUAUUCUUGCGCCCCGUCUCAUCAUCAGCAUUUGGGAUACGCAUGCCAACGACGAGUGCGUGCAUGUCAGCACGACGUUCGCCGAUUGUGUAUGCUGGACUUCGCCACCGGACUUUGAGCAGCACGAGAUGAGUCCUGGCGUCGGGCAUCCUGAAUCCACGUUUAGCAUGGACACAGAAGGCGUCGAGACUGCGUGACUUGAGGUCACACUAAUAUAUGUAUUCAUGAAUAAAUUCCUUAUGGCGAUCACCUAUGGUUAUAAGAAGUUUAUGCUUUUGCCUGGAAUAUGACCUUGCGAGAUGUAC